AUGUCAUCAAAUAAAACAGUUAUAAAUGCCCCAACAUCGUUUCUUGGAAUCAAAUCACCAACACUUGUACCCUCAGUCUUGUUUACAAUAUUUUUCGCGCUUUUCAUUAACGCGUACAUUGGCAUUCAUAUUUCGUUGCGCGUGGGCGGAAAACAAUUUCUCCACAGGAUUCGCGAUGGCUUCGAAUCUAUUUCUGGCUGGUGGUUUCUUCUUAGUCUGCCAAUCGUUUUACAUACUAUUCAAGGAUUUAAUCUAUUCUCAAUAAUUGGCAUAAUCGGCGUGACAAGAGAAUACGGGGAUAGAGAGUCGACAGAAGAGUUCAAUGCUGGUCGUAACUGUACUAAAAUCUCGACGAUCGGAUUCACGACGUUGGUUGGAUUUUUAUUGAUAAUGACGACUUUCUACGCAGUAAAAUAUCGCGCGGAAAUAUCGAGCAGUCAAAAGACGCGUUUGAUUGCGGUCUUGUAUUUUGCGACUUCAUUAUUGUUACUGGAGUUGGUGUAUAAAGUGAUAUCGAGUUUUUCGACCUCGACUGAUAACGUAAAUCGAGAACAAUGGGUCUUUUACGUGUUUGAAGCGGUGCCAGAGUUGAUAUCGUUGAUUUUUUUGGGGGCUGUUAAUGAUGAAGUUAGUAGUAAGACUAACAAAAAGUCUCAUAUUGGUAAUGAGAAUAUUCUUUACGAGAGAAACAAAAGCCCCAGUAACAAGUGGACUCAAUCAAUAGACCUUUUUGAUAAUUUCAAGGGUCCUGUACUCGCUGAACUCGAGUAUGUCACGGGUAAGCCAAAUGAAACUAAAACUAAUAGAGUCGAUGAGUUGAUCGAUCAUAAUGACGAUGUUAGAUGUAUCGCCAAAUCUCAAAGAAACAAUUCGACCCAAAAAAAGGCCCAAAUGUUGGAGACUGCGCAAAUGUCGAUUGAAUCACCGGUCAGGAAUUCGCCAUUGAAUACGCCGCCAAUUCAAGCACGACCACCCAAACGUCACAUGCGAAGUAACACGCAUCAAGGCUUAACUUCCUCACAAAGAUUCACUCCGUUAUCAGAUCAUCAUCCAGGUGUCGCUAAUGGCAUUAACAGUAAUGCCAACGUUGGCAUUAGUGUAUCGUCAUCACCAACGGCAAUUGAUCUAUCACGUCCAUCAUUAUACACGCGGAGACUUUCAAGUCCUGAUGCAAUAGAAAAACGAGAAGGGAGGGGGAACGAAGAGAAUAAUAUGCCUAUCGAAUCUCAUAACUUAACCGCACCUUUAAUAGAUAUCACGGUAGUUCCACCCACGCCCACGAUGAUAAAGCCUCAACCUCCGAGGCUAACCACAACCUUUCCUGCCAACGACAAGUCAACCAUUGUCAAUCACAAUCAGAUUACCAAUAACCAGAACAACAAUAAGUCAAAAAAUCAACCAUUACUUCGUAAAGAAUCAUUGGAUGGGCUAGCAACCCUGCCAAGUCCUGAUGUUUCCAAUUUAGAAUAUGCUAAUAAUAAAAAUCAGGCUACUCUCACCUUCUAUAUAGAGCAACAGCAGCUGGCGAAAUUGGGAUUACCAAAGUCCACUCAAAUUAUCGGGCAUUAUGCAGUGAUCAAACCAAUUGGUAAAGGAUCUUUCUCGGAGGUUAAACUCGCAAUUGAUUUAAAGUCUGGCGAGAAAUUCGCCUUGAAGAUGAUACCCACAGAGGGAAUAGAAACUGAUGAUCGAAUAAAAUCGAGCGUAUCACGUGAAGUUGAACUAUUAAAGCUCAUGGAUCAUCCUAACAUUGUACGUUUACACGACACAGUCGACACGCCAACUCACUUAUGUCUUGUCAUGGAAUAUGUAUUAGGCGGAGAAUUAUUCGACCACGUUUGUAAAAACUAUGAACAAACGACCGAAACAGACGCUAAACGGAUAUUUUUACAACUUGUAGACGUGGUUGCAUAUCUUCACGGCAACAACAUCAUACACCGUGAUCUAAAACUGGAAAAUAUCCUCCUCACCGAGCUUUAUCCAUCUCCAACUGGCCCAAUAAUAAAACUGACCGAUUUCGGGUUGGCCCGAUUCAUAGACCCGUCCUCACCUAUCCUAACAACACGAUGCGGGUCUGAAGAGUACGCCGCUCCGGAACUACUAAUAAAUGGCAAAUAUGAUGGACGUCAGACCGACAUAUGGUCAUUAGGAAUCAUAUUGUAUGUGUUGUUAGUCGGUUAUCUGCCGUUUGAUUUGGAGCCUGGACAGACAAAACGACAAUUCUAUUAUAAGAUUGCGCAGGCUAAUUACAAAUUUCCGAAACCGGAAAAGGAGUCUGGUCGUCGUGCCACCAUAAGUGAGGAGGCUAAAGACCUAGUUAAGAUGAUAUUACAGAGUAAUCCUAAAAGGAGAGCUACGUUGGAUCAAAUUAAACAGCAUCGUUGGUUGAAUGAGUAG